CUCUUGGCACACAAUUCCGGCUAUGCCUUGCAAGGAUAAGGUCUGCCCCCAGGGAUUCAGGUGCGCGGCCAUCCCUCAUCAGGGUGUUCUCUUUGUUUGUGGUGGUGUAGCCUCUGAUGUGGAUUGCCCUCUCAAUCUAGUAUUAAAGUAUGAAGUGUGUAAGAACCGAUGGACCGUCAUGUCAAAGAUGAUCACUGCACGGUCAUUUUUUGCAAGUGGGAUAAUUGAUGGGCUGGUAUAUGUGGCUGGUGGGAACAGCACUGAUAUGUUCGAGCUUAACUCAUCUGAAGUCCUUGAUCCUAAUAAAGGAACCUGGCGUUCGGUUGCAAACAUGGGAACAAACAUGGCCUUAUAUGAUGCAGCAGUUCUUAAUGGGAAGCUUCUUGUGACAGAAGGUUGGUUUUGGCCCUUCUAUGUUGUACCCAGGGGACAGGUUUAUGACCCGAUAACAGAUAAUUGGGAGAAUAUGGCUACUGGACUGCGAGAAGGCUGGACUGGUUCGAGCGUUGUGAUUUAUGGGCAUUUGUUUGUGGUUACAGAACAUGAAAGAACAAAACUGAAGGUUUAUGACUCUGAAACUGAUUCUUGGUCUACUGUUGAAGGACCUCCUUUGCCAGAGCAGAUAUGCAAGCCUUUCUGUGUCGACUGCUGGGAUAACAAUAUAUAUGUGGUAGGCCGGCACCUUCACCUUGCCGUGGGCCAUAUCUCAAGCCUUUGCUCACAAGGCUCAUCUAGAAAAAGGUGCAGAUUUUCUGUUCAAUGGCAAGUUGUGGAUGCGCCCGAAAACCUCUUUGACUUAACACCGUCGAGCGCACAGGUUCUGUUUGCUUGAACUUCUUUGAGUUUGUUGUGCUUGUAGUUACUGCUGCCGCUGUGAUUAUAUAGAGAUGAUACCAUGUGGAGCACUUUUCGCUUGGUAUUUAGAAUCGUAGAGCCUGGAAAAAGCUUUUCAGUGGAAGUGAGAACUAAUGAAAAUUAUAUGGUGUGAUUAUGGUUGAUCUCUACCAAAUUAUUGCUAUAGACAAUUAAGAUUUUGUUAUUCAUUUCUUUGUCAAGAUUAUCUUUGCAUUCACCUCUUAUAUGAUGGGACUAAAUGAUGGAAAACUGUAAGCAGCUCUUGUAACUAUGUUCCCAAAUGCAGCACUAUCCUUCCAGUUUCCAAUUGUGAGCUCUGUAGUUGUGCUGGAUAUAGUGAAGGAGCUAUUUCCUUAAACUGGGGUUAUUACCUUUUUUUUUUUUAAUUAAUUAAAUUAUAUGGUUUUCUGCUGAUGUAAAUUGUUACGAGACCGACUUAUUUUUAUUUUUA